UGGAGCCCAUGUGAAUCCAGCAGUACGUAGUACGGUCACGGUGAUAUUAAUGUGCUCGCGAGAGAUUGCCUAAGCGUGCUCGAGCCGCAGAAGAGCGAAGAGAAGCGCGCGCACGGGAGUCUGCUUCAUUCCGUCGUUGUUGCUCGGUCCCGUUCACCUCGUCGUUGAUCGGCGGACGCGCACUGUGACAUAACCUCGCCCACUAAGAUGUCUCAUGAUCAUACGGGCCAUAUGAUGAUGAACAGCUCGGGAGAACACGCGUCCCACGGUGCGCACAUGGCUCAUCCGGCCGUGGGCCAUAGUACCAUGGACCACAGUAGCAUGAACCAUAGUGGCAUGGACCAUAGUGGCAUGGACCAUAGUGGCAUGGAUCAUGGAAACAUGCACCACGUUGUCGAAGCUUCAACGAGCGAAGCGUGCAAUCAUAUGGCCAUGCACGGUAUGUCGAUGACGUUUCACACCGGCUACUGUGAAUCGGUGCUGUUCGACAGCUGGAGGAUCUCGUCGAUCGGUAGUCUCAUCGGCUCCAUCAUCGGUAUCAUCAUCAUGGCUGCGCUCUACGAGGGCUUGAAGUAUUACCGAGAAUACCUGUUUUGGAAGACGUAUAACUCCCUGCAGUACAGGAGCGUCACGGUACCUAGUGAGAAGAACGUGGUGGCCGAGGAUAAUCGAGUCGUUCAUAUGGUCGGCGAAGUAAUCCACAAACAACCGCCGACUAUGCUGUCUUGGAUGCAUUUAUUCCAAACGUUUCUGCAUAUCGUGCAGAUCGUCCUAUCGUACUUUUUGAUGCUGAUAUUCAUGACUUACAACGUCUGGCUGUGCUGUGCUGUGGUGGUAGGUGCCGCCAUUGGUUACUUCCUAUUUGGCUGGAAAAAAUCAGUGAUCGUGGACGUCACGGAACAUUGUCAUUAGCAUACAAUAAAUUGCUCUAAUCCAGUCUUUCUAAACCGCACUUGCGCGAGGAUGCGCGUGCAAACGUACUCUAACGGAAAUCCGUCAAAGCAAAACAUAAAGGAGAUGAAGGAAACCUCCUCGAGAGUGCAAUGCCGGAUUCCACGAUACUCUACGUACCAAGCAAGAGCGUACAGAGAAUUAAGCUUCUCUAAAUUCAAGACACAGUAAAUACAGCAGGAUAUAACAAAAGACAGGAAGGCUAUUUAUUUUAGUUGCAUAAUUUAAUUCUUAAUCUCUUCCAUGCAAUUCUUUCCCUUAAUUCCGGGUUAGACGAGAAGCCACCGUUAUUGUCAUUUCAUCUUUGAUUAGACAUUUUAAACAAUUUAGUAUACCAAUUCCUAGAUGGAGACUUAAUUGAUUUCAUUGUAUUAUGACAAACGACUUUGUGAGGAAUUACUGGGAGCUUGAAUCUUGGACAUAUAUGAAUAUGACAAAUAUCUUUAAACUGUAAAUAUUGUUAAAAUAUUCAUGUAGGAAAUACACUGUCAAACACGCGCACACUUUCCCAGUUUUAUAUUAAUUUUUACAUAUUUUUUACUGUCACACUUUUUAUAAAAGACCUGUUUAUCAGUAACUUUCUAAUGUAUGGGAAAGAGUGUGCUGUAUACAUUACUUUAAAAAAUAACUGUAAAACGAUAUAAUUAUGAUAUCGCUGUUACGAGUUAAUAUAUUACAAGUUCACAUGUAAAAGAUUGUUAUAUGUAAAAUGUCACAAAAUAUAGAUUCAAAUGCGGAAACAGUUUACAGAGAU